GUUAUUUAAAUAAAAGAGAUUCAAAGAUGAUGAAUCGAAUUUAUUUCUUAUAUGUCCUAAUCAGUUACUCAAUUUAUUUAAGCGAUCAAUAUCGUUUGAAAAAUCCUGAAAAUGAAUAUCAGUAUAGUAAAAACAGAGAUAGUUUGAUUGCUGAGGAAGAAAAGCUAAGCUCAGUUGAUGAAAUUAACCUUAAUGAUGAUGAAAAGAUUGUUGACAACUAUUUGCACUUUCUUAAAGUUAACGAAUUCCUGAAAACUUCUGAUUCGAGUGUAGGUUUUCCACCAUCUAGGCCUAUCGAAGAGAAGCUAGAAGAUAUAAAAAGAUCUGACGUUUAUAAAGAAUUGAUUAAUCUACCAAAGGGAGGAAAUAUGCAUACACAUGAAAGUUUUCAUAUUGUUGGUCAAAGAAUUAUGUUGGAAGAAAUGUUCAAUUCAGAAGAUUUUGAACACUUAUACGUAAUUGAAGAGAGCACCAUUUCCAGUGCAAGACUACACAAUGUUGAUUUCUUUAUUAAUCCUCCUCCAGAAAGUUCGGGGGAUAAAUGGGUUCAAGUUAAAGAUAAUCCGAAUUAUACUAUAGAUAAAUUGAUUUCGAAGCAUCUUCUUAUCAAUAUUUUGACAGACCAUGCUAAAAAGUAUCCCACUGAUAGCGCAAUGAGAUGGAGGCUCAUGAACACUUUGUGGGGUAAAAUUCAGGGUGCACUCAGACAUAGAGAUAUAAGAAGAAAAAUGCUCUGGAAUCUAUUCGAUUCUAGUUUAAAAGAAGGUGUCCAAUUUGUUGAAACGAGAGCUAAUCAUGGGGAAAGAAUCUACGUUCUAGAUAAAACUGGAGCAAGUGCGAGCACCUUUGGAAGGAAAUAUUUGGAUACGGAAGAUGAGUUCGUGGGCCAAACCUAUUUACAGUUAACAAGGGAAGUGGUAGCUGAGUUUAGCGCUCAAAAUCCAAACUUUAUCGGCUAUAAGAUAAUAAUGGCGUCUAGUCGAAGAGUAACAAACGAAGGUUUGGAAGAAAACCUUAACAUAGCUAGAGCAAUGUUUGAGAGAGCGAACGAUUUGGUUAGAGGAGUAGAUAUGGUUGCUCAUGAAGAUGCUGGAAGAUCUCAUAUGUUUUUCCUAGAAAAUCUAGUUAACACAUCUAGAAAUCCUACAUCCUACUUUCACGGUGGAGAAACUAAUUAUGCUGACGAUUUAAUUAUAUCAAGAUUCGAUAGUGACCCAGUAAAUGCUUUACAAAACACCUACGAGAUUGUUCUCCUAGGGGCUAAGAGAGUUGGGCACGGUGUUGGUUUCGCAAAACAUCCCUAUCUUUUAAAUGAGCUGAAAAAAAGAGACGUUGCUAUAGAAAUUUGUCCCGUGUCUAACCAAAUUCUUGGUUAUACUGCUGAUCUUAGAAAUCAUCCUGGUGUUGGAUAUAUUCGAAACGGUCUACCAGUCAUUUUAGGAUCAGAUGAUCCAGGCAACUUUGGAUAUGAUAGUUUUACAGUUGAUUGGUAUGAGGUUUUCAUGGGUUGGGGUUUAGAUCUACGAGACUUGAAGAAACUAGCGUCAAACUCGAUCAAAUACUCAGUUUUAACUGAGGAAGAGAAGCAGGUAGCUGUACAAAAAUGGGAAGCGUCUUGGAACAAUUAUACUGCUACUACUCGACUAAAGGCUUGUAAACUUCAAUUUAAAAUAGAUCCUACAUUCAACAGAGUUCUGCCGAGAGAGGGCGCAUUGAAUGGAGGUGGAAAGGUUCAUAUCUACGGUAGACACUUUGAGAAGGGAAUAUGCCAAACCAUAAAAUGUAAAUUUGGAAAUUACGAAGAAACUGAAGGAGAAUUACUAAACACUUAUUUAAUCAAUUGUCAAGUUCCAUCGAAAUCAAACAAUGACGUAGAGGAAGUUCCAAUCAGUAUUUCGUUAAAUGGAACAUCUUUCAUAGAUACAGAUUUAUCUUUUACAUUCAAAUACCAUAAUUAA